GAAAUAAAGAAAUCUGGAAAUCAAAAUUUGGAAGUGGAUCAUUAAGGUUUCAGAUGGGCUGCAGUUGUAUUCACGUGAGAACAAUAAGUCACAACUGCAGCAUACUUUUUUAAACAUCAGGCUAUUUUACUUGACUGCAAAAGUGUUCAAGGAUUUAACUAUUAGAAAAUUGUUUUUAAUACACGAAGAGAAAUUCUUUGCAUUUCGUUUUCUAAGAUGAAGAAACAAAAAUGAGGCGCUUUUCAUAUUGAGGUGAAUCACAAUAAUUAUAACCUGAAAACAUGCUGUUAAUUUUCGAAAAAUAAUAAUUCUGUGAAGUUCAGUAAACGGUGAACUGAUGUGGUUAAGCUAGUCACCUAGAUGAAUGAAAAGUGAUUGAUAAGGCAAAGUGUUUUGUCUUUGCUGAUUGGAAACAGGACAAAUAGGAAACAUUGAAUGCAUAGACAGAUAAAUUUGUUAUCAUUUUGACUAUCUGAGAUAGUGGUGGUUUGGCAGACUACUGUUUAUACUGGGCGAUGAUUGAAGAUGAAAUGAAAAUUUGAAUCGUGGUCAAAAACGAACCAGCUACCACCGGGUUUCUGUCCUGAUGCUGUGCCAACUAAGCUACAAGGUCCGACUACUGACCAGAUUUUUAUUUCACUUCAAUCACGAAGGGGUCUUACCCGACUACCAUGGGAAUUCAUGAAAUAAAAAUUUGGUCAGCAGUCGGACCUCGUAGCUCAUUUGGUAUACCACCGGGGAUGGAAACCCGGUGGUCGCUGACCCUAAUCCAACCACUGUCCAAAUUUUUAUUUCACUUUCUAUUAUCACCCAGUAUGAAUAAAUUUGUUAAGAACCUUCUCCAAACCAAAUAAUCCAACAUUAUUCUCACUACUAACGGAAAAUAAAACUCAGAACUUUUUCAUGUAAACUAGAAUCUAGUUAAAAUCUAAAGUUAUACAGUUUCGAUAACUAGUAUCCUUACCUCAUAUUCUGAAACAAUUUCUUAAAACACCCAUACACACUGAGACGCUAAGAAAAUGAAGUUGAAAAGAACAUUUUAUCUUACUAUAUAUUGCUGUCAUUAUUGCUACUUCAUUAUUUUGAUCAGUUGCUUAGAUACAGACUGACUGAAACUAUUACAAGGUACUUAUCCAUCUUGCUUUAUUUAGCUUUAACAUUUGACUAAGGUAGAAAAACUUGUUCUACUUAAUUAUGUAUUAUUUUUUCAUUAAAUGUUAAAACCAUGUUUAUUCUUGAUACGAAUUUAUCUCCUGGUUCAUAAUCUGAUACAGAAGUAAGAAAAGGUCAAACAUUACAUCCAUUAGUUGAAACAGGAAUUGAUUUUUAACAUAGAGCAGGCCAAGUUAAGUAGUUAUAGCAUUUUUUUUUCAGGAUAAAUGUUUGUUAUCUAGUGUUCACUUGUUUUUGUUUACCUAUAUAUUGGUGUACAAAAGACUGAUUUCAUGCUUUUAUAACCUCAGCAGAAAACAGUCAAGUGCUCAUGAUUGAUAUGAUUCAAGAUGGAUUUCCCGCAGUUCUUGUGGAAAACUGUUAAUUAUGGGUUCAAUAAAUUCGGGUGUGAGGACAAAUAUUCUCCGAUAGCGUAGUGUGACGGUCAUGCUAUAUAGCCAGUUGAUAGAAUAAGAAAACUAGGGAUGAAACGUUUUUCACUCGGUAGCUGAAUGUUACUGUGAGAUCAUGGAUGCUACCUACUGAAGAGUUCUAAGCAAGGCGGAAACAGCUGGUCAGUGCUCCUAGGUUUUCAAUAGUUCACUAAUUGAUAUCGGUCCGUGCUGAAUACUAUCUUAAAAACUAUACAGUUCUCAACCUUCUACAACUGUGUCAAUAUUUACGAAAAUAUAGCGGUGCGUAGUUUUCUUCUGUUGACACAUACGGAUUUAUUUCAUAAUUAUUUUUACGAAAAUGCUCGAUUUCAAUUUUUCAUGUUGUCUCUUUGUUGUAUGUGACUGCUGAGAACUACAAACAAUUCGUAGCUGCUUGAAGUGGUAACAUCGGCAUUUAUCACCAAGAAACUACUUCAACUAGACUACUUAUAUGGUUUUCCGUCUAAAAUGUAUCUUUUUCGUUCUCAGUAUUCGUUUCAUUAAACAUUGGAGAAAAUUCUCAAAUCCGAUUUUAGUCUUAAGGAAUGCAUCUUGUCGAAAUUCAUACUGUUUAAAUUUCGACUAGAUAUGAGAACGCCAAAACGGUUUUAUUUAUUUUUGGUUGUCACUUAAAUGUUUUUUUUAAAAAUAUGAUCAAAAAUUUCUGAUUAUGGAUUUAAAAUAACCUUUAGUGCCUGGUUGCUUUUGUGCAUAAACCCUGAGCUAAAUGGAUACUCGUUUAACUAUAAAAUAAAUCAAACAUCAUAUAGUUUAUUCUCAGUAUUUUUCGUUUCGACAGUCUACAAUAUAAAUUAUUCUAACUAUUGGAGGUAAUCCUUAUUUUGAAGUACCGUCAAUCAUUGAGGGAAAAAGUCAACCUUUAGAAAGGAAAUCGUAGAGUUCAAAAUCCAGUCGACAGCCAUAGUACCAAAGCCUUUGCAAUAUGUUUCCAAAAAUCAGCCAAGAAACUUAACAGACGGGAAGAUUUAAAUAAGCCCAUUGUAGCUGUUCUAGACAUUUCUACUCUCAACUGAUGUUAUUCUUGAAAAUUUACCUUCAUACUAACCGAAUGCCUAUGAGCAUCAAUUGGUUAAAUGUCCCCCUUGAUAUUAUUAUUAUUUAUUCCUUUGGUUCCUAAUGGAACAUAUAGCUUCAGUAGCACGUCUCCAUUCCACCCUCUUCUCUACAAUCUUUUGAAUCUAGCUACACAACAGCCCACAAGCUCUCAUUUCCUCCUCGCACAAACUCCUCAAUGUCACCUUCACCUCAGAUGCCAAACUCGUAGCUUCCCAUCGGGGUUCCACUCGAGGAUCUGGCCUGGAGCGUGAUGUCCCCAGUCGGCCUUCUCAGUGUAUGCCUACUCCAUCUCUACCUCCUUCUGGAUAUUGUUGAGGAAUAAAAACACGCAAAUAACCCACUGUUAACUGAAAUGAGUAUAUUAUAGUCUGAAAAUAUUCCGGCAUAUUGUCAUAAAGUUUUAAUUUAAAUUGAUUUAUUUCCUUGUUCGUAGCACGUGCAUUAUUAAUCCUUAGGUCCUCAAUUCUCUCUAACUGUCAGUUAAGAAGAGAUCAUCUCUUUUGAUAACAUUUGUAGUCUGUUGGUUGCAUUAAUAAGUGCUCAACAGCUUAGUUUGACCGAAACAUUAUGAAAAGGAGAAACACUUGAAUUAUAUAUUGUGCAAGUAUCUGUGAAGCUUUAAUGAGUCGUUAUCCUAUUUAGAGUUAAGCAUGAAUAUCUAUGGCCUUAUACAAUAAAUUUAUGACUCGAUGGAGUUGGCGUGAGACAGUCAAUUACUACACAACGAGUCUGAUAAACUUUCAUAUAUGAUUUGUGUCUUACUGACUAGUUAAUAAACCUUUACUAAGUUACUGAACUAUAUCGUUGUGAUCUGACAACACCAUGUUAAUUUUAUACUGGAGGAUUAUAAACUAAAUCUUCUGAAAUACCAAUAGUAUGUUUGCGCAAGGAGUUCAAGUAAGGUAUGGAGUAAAUGAUCACUAUGCGUUAACAUUUAGUGGUUUAAUUAAUUAUGUUAACAGCUGAUUUUGUUUACAUAAAUUAUCGUUUGCCUGUUCGUAUCAAAAUGAAUACAUAUAUUUAAGUAACCAUCCUUAAUUAUCUGAUUUCUCAUUUUCUUUUCUUCUUAUAUUUUAGGCACAAUAUCGAUAACUUGUAAUGCAUUUAUCGUUGUUCUUUGCAUUAAUUAAAAUAAAUUCAUUGUCCAUG